AUGCAGGGUCUGUGCCGGGGCCGGCGGGCGCUGGGCGUGUGGGUGGCGGUGGCGCACGGGGUCUUCUCGGGCUCGCUGAACAUCCUGCUGAAGUUCCUGCUGAGCCGCUACCACUUCGCCUUCCUGACGCUGCUGCAGUGCCUGACCAGCUCCACGGCGGCGCUGAGCCUGGAGCUGCUGCGGCGGAGGGGCGCCCUGGACGUGCCGCCCUUCGGCCCCAGCCUGGCGCGCCUCUUCGCCGGCGUCACCCUCCUCUCCACGCUCCAGUCCAGCCUCACCCUCUGGUCCCUCCGCGGGCUCAGCCUCCCCAUGUACGUGGUCUUCAAGCGCUGCCUGCCCCUCGUCACCCUCCUCGUCGGCGUCCUCGUCCUCAAGAACGGCGUGCCUUCCCUCGGCGUCUCCAUCGCCGUCCUCAUCACCACCUGCGGAGCCGCCCUCGCCGGUGCAGGUGACCUGACUGGGGAUCCACUUGGGUACGUGACUGGAGUGCUGGCCGUGUUGGUGCAUGCAGCAUAUUUGGUACUCAUCCAAAAGACGAGUGCAGACAGUGACUAUGGACCUUUGACAGCCCAGUAUGUCAUCGCUGUGUCAGCCACCCCUUUCCUCAUCAUCUUCUCCUUUGCCAGCAUGGAUGCCAUCAACGUUUGGUCCUUCCCAGGAUGGAAAGAUCCUCUCAUGACAUGUAUCUUCAUUGCAUGUGUUUUUAUUGGCUGUGCCAUGAAUUUCACUACACUUCACUGCACUUAUAUCAACUCAGCAGUCACUACUAGUUUUGUUGGGGUAGUGAAGAGCAUUGCGACCAUUACCGUUGGGAUGGUGGCCUUCAAUGAUGUUGAGCCCACAAAACUGUUCAUAGCAGGGGUGGUGGUAAAUACUGUGGGGUCUGUCAUUUAUUGUGUGGUCAAGUAUAUUGAAACAAGAAAGCAAAGUAAUUAUGAAGAUCUGGAGAAGGAAAUUAGGCAGGAGGAAAAGAAAGAAUGUGAUGGAGAUCAGCCACCCUUCAUAAUGGAGGAGAUAUCCAAUGAGACAGAGCCAGGAGAUACAAUGAUAGAGGAGGCAGUAGGUGAAAGCAACCAGCAAAGCACAGAAGAGGUGGACAGCAUUAUGAGAGAAGCAAAUACACCCAAGAUCUCUGAAGAGGGAAGCUCUGAAGGACUUAGCAAAAGCUCAUUAAAAGAUGCUUACCUUGGAGUAUGGAGGCUGGUCCGAGGAGCAAAUUAUAUGAAGAAAGAUUAUUUAGUAGAGAAUGAAGAAUUACCAAGUCCUUGAAGAAUAAUUUCUUUGUAAAUCAUAAUCAAGGAUACAUAUAUAUAUAUAUAUUUUAUUCCUUGUGGUGGGAGUACAAAUGGACAGAUGCUUUCAUAUGUUCACAGACACAUUGUAAUUGUUUAUUAAGGAUAUUUUACCUCAUUCUGAUGGGACAAAAGCAUUAUGUUCAUGCUUAGUUACUGUGCAAGUCUGUUUUCCCUCCGAGUGGACUUACGGUACCUCUGACUUUCAGAUCAAGAUUAGGCCUGGAUCAGCAAAAUAGGCACAUCAAACACUAAAAGGCUUGUGUUUUGUAUUCACAGUCAACAGGAUUAACCUAAUUCAUUUCUUCAGUAAGUACUCUUUGAAGUACUAGUUUAAUGGCACCUGUGAGCAGAAGGUGAGAAUAUUUGUUCCUAAUAGAAUAAAAAGGGAAAUAGCACUAAAUUCAGUGCUGCCUGGUGCCUUUCAUGUCAGUUGGGCAGUGAAUCCUCACUGGGUUUUAGUCCAAAAUGUGAAGACGCUAUCCAGAGUGCAGAUAUCACCCCCUAAAUAGGUCCACUCCCUUUAAAAUUUGGGCCAAAACAUGGAGCUCAUUUUACCACUCAUGUGGAACUCACAAGCUGCCACUUAUUGGAUUCCCUGUGGACAAGAACAUUAAACAAAUCAGAAAAGCAAAAAGUGUAA